GGUAUGUGACGCAAAUACUCCCAGUCAACAGUAGAGGCCCCACCCUUUGUGUUACCUACUGCCCGUCAAUCAAAAUACAAAAAAAUUCUGAUAGUUAUUAACUAUUUCUACGCGAAUACAGCCAGUAUAGUUUGCUGAUCAUGUCCGGUGGCUUGUGACUAUCAAGACUCGCCGUUUCAUAAUAAUUCACGCAAUGACUGCCCCAGAACAGUCAAUUAAACCAGAAGAUAUGGCUGCCUUGGACGUGGACAGCAAUCGUAGCGACUUUCUGCAGCAAGAGGAAGGCAGGGGCAGUCAGAUAUCAGAUCCAUCUACACAGCUAACUGGGACUGAUAAAUGGGAGGUAUUAACCCCCACCACAGCUGCAAAGGAUGAAUCUGGAAUGAUACAGAUCCAAGGUCAAGGAAUAUUAACAUCAAAUGGACAGUAUGUUCUUCCUCUCCAGAACUUACAGACUCAGCCAAUCUUUGUGACAUCGGGAGCAGACAACUCCAAUGCCAAUUCAGUGCCUAACAUUCAGUACCAAGUAAUUCCUCAUAUUCAGUCAGCGGAUGGACAGCUGAGCUUCUCCACAUCCGGCUUGGAGGGAACAACUCUGGCUCAGGAUGCCACAGGGCAGAUUCAAAUCUUGCCUGAUGCCAGCCAGAGUCUCAAUGUGACAUCAACUGCAAACAUCAUUAAUAACAACCAGAACCUCAUAUCGCAAACUGGUAACAUCCAGCAGAUCCAGGGGCUUUCUCUUGGCAGCUCCACCUUCAACAACCAGGGUCAGGUUGUCACUAACGUGCCUGUGGGUUUGCCUGGGAACAUUACUUUUGUUCCUAUUAACAGUGUGGACUUGGACUCCCUGGGCCUGUCUGGUGCUCAGACUAUAGCAACAGGAGUCACUGCUGAUGGCCAGCUGAUUAUGGCAGGUCAGCCCAUGGAUGGCUCAGAGAGUGAGGUGAAAACAGAUGAUCCCCUCUCACAGACAAUAUCAGUAAAUGACUCGAAUGCAAAUCCUGAGAUUUUUGUGCCAUCAUCUUCCGCUCAGCUACACGUUCCAGCAAAUGAAUCGGGUCUGCUGACGCAAGACACAUCGGUGUCACCAGACCAAGCUGACUCAAGUUCCAGUCUCCAAGAGCACUUCAUCCAACAAAAUCAGGAGCAGAGCAUCCAGGUGUCCUCAGCUCAACCCAUAAUCCAGCUGCAGCAGGUGCCUGUUCAGACCACAAACGGUCAAGUAGUUCAGUCAGUGGCGACAGGCGGGCAGAGCCUGCAAAACGUGCAUCUGAUCAAUCCAGGAACCUUCAUCAUCCAAGCCCAGACAGUCACACCAUCCGGUCAGAUACAGUGGCAGACCUUUCAAGUUCAGGGAGUGCAGAACCUGCAGAACCUCCAGCUGCCCACCUCACCACCCCAGCAGAUAACCCUGGCUCCAGUCCUGUCACUGGGCUCCAAUCCUGUCAGCAUCAGCACAGGGCAGAUCCCCAACCUACAGACAGUGACAGUCAACUCAGUGCCCCAGCAGGAGGGAGAUACAGACAUCCCUGGAGACAUUCAGAUAAAGGAAGAGCCGGAUUCUGGAGACUGGCAGCUGGGCACUGACUCUACCCUCAACACAAGUGAUCUGUCCCACCUUCGAGUCAGGGUAGUGGAUGAGGAGGAUCAGAUGGGCCAAGAGGGCAAGAGGUUGCGCAGAGUGGCAUGUACCUGCCCCAACUGUAAAGAGUCAGGUGGGAGAGGAUCCAGCAUGGGGAAAAAGAAGCAGCACAUCUGUCACAUUGCGGGCUGUGGGAAAGUAUAUGGAAAAACAUCACACCUGCGAGCACACCUGCGCUGGCAUUCAGGGGAGCGACCUUUUGUUUGCAGCUGGGUGUUCUGUGGGAAGAAGUUCACACGCAGUGACGAGCUGCAGAGACACAGGAGAACACACACAGGAGAGAAGAAGUUUGUCUGCCCAGAAUGUUCCAAGCGCUUCAUGCGGAGCGACCACCUGGCGAAGCACAUUAAAACUCAUCAGAACAAAAAAGGCAUGAACUCUGGCAGCACUGUGGUGAGCUCGAUGGAAUCCACGGGGUCCUCAGACAGUAUCAAUCCCACAGCGGGCAGGACCACCCUCAUCCUCACCAACAUCCAGCAGGGCUCCAGCAACGCCCAGGACAUCCUGGCCAACGCAGAGAUCCCUCUCCAGCUCGUCACCACGGUAGCAGCCAGUGAAGUCAUGGAGUGAUUUGUACUCCACUUAGGAACUUCUACAAUUUCUCUCAUACUGUAUACUCCUAUCUGUAUUUUUAUUUAAAACUAAAAUUUUAAAAAUAUAAUUAUAUAUAUAUUUUAACACAGAAAUAGUCAGUCCAUGUCCAUAGUUUUUACUGAGGAGAAACUCACAUUGGAGACUAAAAGAAGAUAAAGGUUGAAAAAGACACUGCAGUAAACACACAAGGAAAUGCCUUAUUUUGUACGAUACUGUGUAGUUGGAAAUGUAGGAUGCCACUUUGUUUUGAAUCUACUUACUUGUUAAUGAUGUGUUUUUUCAUGAAAAAUUAUUGGUAGAUUGAGUAACCGCCUUUUGUUGAUGGGAUAUUCUGAUAAUGUCUUUGUUAAGCACGGUUUGUUCCAUAUUCCCCUCAAACAGAUCAUUCUAUCCAGCUGAAGUCGUGAUAUUGCUUCUGCUCAUGCAAAUGUAUUCAUGUAAGGUGAAUUUUUUUAAUUAUACAUCUUUUUUCUCACCGUUCAUGUACUAAGUCUGCUUGCAGAUUAGCAAGCCCUCCUUCCUUUAUUUUUUCCCCUUAAAUGAAACUGGUCGCACCUAUUACAUUUUGCAGGUAAAAAUGAAAAACAAUCAAAAUUUUGUACUGUAAUUCCUCUUGAACAAAUUGUUGAUAUGAUACAUGUUAUUUACUUAAUAAAUAUAUUGACUGAACUGCUAUUUAUAUCAGGCUUUACAUAGAAAAUGCAUUUGUGAUAUUAAAAGUCCUAAAUAUUU